GAGUGAGACGUCCUGUCUGCAGCCUGCUCUCUGCUCAGUGUUUUAGGAAACGUGGCCUUACUGCAGCAGCAGCAUCUCUUGUUUAUAUGAAUGAGAAACACACAGCAGCCUCCACCUCUCCACCCGUCUGUCCGUCUCUCUGCCGCCGCCGCUUCUCCAGCACUGCACCGCGGUCCCCCCUCUACCCUGAAGCCCAUCUCUGAAGACACCCACCAUGGCUGACACCGAGCAGAUCCCGGCCUCCUCGGCCACAGAGGCCGCCGCCGCCGCCAUCCUGGACGCCCUGAACGCCACCGACUCCAACGGGACCGAGGCGGCGCUCAACGCGACGGCUAAGUUCGUGGCCUCUCCGCAGGGCACGGCGCUGGCGUACGGCAGCCUGGUGUUCAUGGCGCUGCUGCCCAUCUUCUUCGGAGCUCUGCGGUCCGUCACCUGCUCCAAAUCCAAGGAGCUCGGAGAAAAUGAUUACGAUUCUGGGUUCAGAAAUGCAUCAGACAUGCCAGAAACGAUCACCAGUCGAGACGCAGCGAGGUUUCCCAUCAUCGCCAGCUGCACUCUUUUUGGGCUCUACCUCUUCUUCAAGGUAUUCUCUCAAGAGUACAUCAACAUGCUGCUGUCCAUCUACUUCUUUGGGCUGGGCGUCCUGGCUCUGUCUCACACUAUGAGUCCUCUGAUGACGAGAAUCUUUCCUGAUUCUUUCUCAAACAAGCAGUUCCAGCUGCUCUUCACUCAGGGCUCCGAAGAGUCUAAAGAAGAAAUAGUCAACUAUGAGUUUGACACCAAGAACCUGGUGUGUCUAGUCAUCAGCAGCGUGGUGGGAGUCUGGUACCUGCUCAAAAAGCACUGGAUAGCCAAUAACCUGUUUGGGCUGGCAUUUGCCCUGAAUGGAGUGGAGCUGCUCCACCUGAACAACGUCAGUACCGGCUGCAUCCUGCUGGGGGGGCUGUUCGUCUACGACGUCUUCUGGGUGUUUGGGACCAACGUCAUGGUAACAGUUGCCAAGUCCUUUGAAGCACCAAUCAAAUUGGUGUUUCCUCAGGACUUGUUGGAGAGAGGACUUGAAGCCAGUAACUUUGCCAUGCUGGGUCUGGGUGACAUCGUCAUCCCAGGUAUCUUCAUCGCCCUGCUGCUGCGCUUCGAUGUCAGCCUAAAGAAGAACAGCAGGACGUACUUCUACUCCAGUUUCCUGGCCUACAUCUUCGGACUGGGCCUCACCAUCUUCGUCAUGCACACCUUCAAACACGCACAGCCCGCUCUGCUCUACCUGGUCCCGGCCUGCAUCGGCUUCCCCGUCGUCGUAGCACUGCUCAAAGGAGAGCUCACAGAGAUGUUCAGGUACGAGGAGACCCCUCCCGAGGACACAGACGCUACAGAGGCUACAGAGGCUAAAGAGGACUCGGAAUCGGAGAAGAAGGACCAAUAGCAUCCCUCGCUGCCCCUCCCUGCCCCCCCCCUCCUCCUCAAACGCCUCAUCCAGCCUGCUGCCACCACAUUUCACUGAAGCCCCUCCCCCUCCCGCCUCUCCUACUUCCUGUUUGUCGCCGGGGGGGAAACGGGGCUCACGUAGCCAAACGUUGUCUGUCUCUGAUAAGCGCGGGAACGGCCGCUGGUCUCCAUGGUAACGGCUGCUGUCGUGCUAACCGGUGGUGGUGGUUGUUUGGUUACAGACUCGGUGCCUACCAUGAUUCCUCUCCGUGUCUCUACGCUGCUCUCACACAGGAACACACAGCGCCCAGCGAGUGUCGUCUUGGUUUUAUUACAGUUAAACUUUGUCCAGCAGUUUGUAGAAUCAGUACCAACAGCAUCAGAACAUCUUGUGUGUUUUUGCAGCUUGUUGGAUCAGAUGGACCAGGAGGUGUGUUCAGACCAAACGCAAAGCGGAUUUUUGCCUUGCGUUACAAGUAUUCACCCUUAACGACCAACGUUUGUGCUAACUUGGUUAGCAGACUGCAUGUGAUUGUCAUAAAGUGAUCAUGUCUGUAAAGGGGAGACUCGUGGGUACCCAUAGAACCCAUUUUUAUUCACAUAUCUUGAGGUCAAGAGACCCCUUUGAAAAUGGCCAUGACAGUU